AGCGUUUUGGGGGAAAUUUAGGCAAAAAAGGACCACUCUCUCGACAUUCGCUUGUGAGAAGUAGCAGAAUCAUCUCUAUUUUUUUCCUGCCCUGCGUCUCUGCAAAAAACCACCAUUCUCUGCCACCGCAUAUGGCUCCACCUCUGCUAGCCCACGCUCCCGCUCUGCUUUCCCUUAAACUUCAUCGUCCCAUCCAUUCUUGCUAGUCAAGAUUCAAUCUUUGGAAUCUUUUAUCUGAAAACUCUGUUAUCAAUGAAUGCAAAAAGUUUCAAUCUUUUCGUUUUUGUUCUAUUCUGGGCAUCAUUUUUGGCAUCCGACGAGCAGAAUCAGGUAGAAAUCGAAGCAUUGACUGCUUUCAAGCUUAAUCUCCACGACCCACUUGGGGCUUUGAAUGGGUGGGAUCCGCCCAUGCCGGCCGCAUCCUGUGACUGGCGUGCGGGGUUGCAUGUACGGACAACAGGUCACCGAGCUUCGCCUGCCUUGUCUCCAACUCAGUAUCAUAAGCAGAAUUGGUACGAGGGAUAAAUUUCUCUCGAGACCUCUCCUAAUAAGCAGAAUUGGUUUGCGUUUUCAAGAAUGAAGGAUGAGAAAUUUUCUAAAUCUGCUUGCGGUUUCGAGAACAACGAAAAAAGCAUGUUAAAAUCA